AUGGAUGCGGGCGCGAACCUGCGCAGCUCGCUGGAUUACGACGCCUUCGCCAGAGCCGGGGAAGGCGCGGGCGAGGCAUCGUCGCGAGGAGGCUCGAAACACCACCACAGCGGAUGGUUGCUAAAACGCUACCAAACCGGAGGGCCGGAGGUGACGUGGCAGAGGCGCUGGUUCUACCUCCUGGACGACAGACUGUGCUACACGAAAACCGACGGGGAUUCGCACGAGAGCGCAGUCGUGAAGUAUAUCCCGUUAGACCGGAUACCGAUACGGGCGAACUCUAAGCUCGGGAUAUCCGCCCUGAGCGCGAAGUCCACGCCGCCCGGCUUGCGUCUCGCAAACGGGGGGACGCCGAGCGCGCGGUGUUGCUUCAGCAUACAGUGCGGCGAAGUAUCGCACGUGCUCGCCGCGGAAUCACCCGCGCUCGCGCAACGAUGGAUGGAUAAAAUCAACAAAGCGUGGAUACACUACACGUCCAAGAGUUCGCGUCAUCUCACCACGACGUCGAUGGGAGAGCGCGCGGUGCACGACCAGUCUCGUCUCUUCGCCGAGAUCGAGCGCUGGCGAUUGGAAGCGCAAGAGACGAAGAUGGAGGCGGAGAGACGAGAAAGUGAGCUGAGAUUAGAGGCGCACGAAGCGACACAGCAAGCUCGGAGAUUGACGUCGCUAGUCGAGGACAGGACGAAGUAUACGGUGUGGGUGCAAACCGGGUCUGUGAAAGGCUCCGGGACGUCCGCGAAGCCGACGAUUUGUUUGAUUGGCACGCACGACCGAAGCUCGGGGGAUUUGCCUCUUGAAGCGACUGGGCCCCACCGCGACGGCGCGUUCGAUAGGCACGUGCUCACGGAGUUCAAAAUUGAGUGCGGAUACGUAGGCGACAUCACGGACAUCUUAAUCGGACACGACUCGACCGGGUACGCCCCGUCGUGGUUUGUCGAUUACGUCAAAGUUCGAUGCGACCAGGAUAAAUCGUCAUGGAGGUUUCCAAUCGGUCGUUGGUUCGACGAGAGCGGCGAAGACGGCGCGACAUAUCGCCAAAUACCCGCCGCACCCCCUGGCGCGUCGGAUCGGGAUAUGAAAGGGUCGUGCGUGUACUUUGUCACGACGUACACAUCGGAGCUUCGCGGCGCGGGGACGGAUGCGAACGUGUUCCUCGUCGUUCACGGCUCGAAGGGAAGCACAGGGCAGUUGCGGCUAGCUCGUGGGAAGGACGAUUUCAAUCGCGGGAACAGGGACCAGUUCGUCGUCGAGGGAUUGAACGUGGGCGAGAUCUCGCACAUCGACAUCGGGCACGAUAACACCGGUCACGGCCCGAGUUGGCAUUUGCAGCAGGUGGAGGUCACGCCUGAGGGAAAUACGUUGAUACCGUUCCCGUGCAACGAGUGGCUCGAGGACGACCACUCAAUGCGCACGCUCGUGCCCGAUGACCCGGUGAACCCGUCAUCCGCGCGCGGGAUGGUCCGUCACCGCGUUGUCGUGUACACGUCGGACGUGCAAGGCGCGGGCACGGAUGCGAGCGUCUUCAUCACGGUCAACGGCGAUCGUGGCGAGAGCGGACCUCACGAACUCUUCUUCGGAAAAUCUGACUUCAAACGAGGCGCGAAGGACGUGUUCACAAUCGACGUGAAAGACGUCGGAGCGGUCCGCACCGUCGUGGUGAGCCAAGACGGGCGCGGGUCGAGUCCGUCGUGGCACUUGAACUCCGUGGAGUUGCGGAACGAGAACACCGGCUUGGAGAACGUCUUCGUUUGCAAAGAGUGGGUCGAGUCGGAAAUUCUCGGGCAGGGCGCUUCCGUCUGCCUCGACGUCACUCGGAACGCGCCUCAAUCGAACCACAUCCCCCCGCCCGACGUGCGCAACUUGCUACCAUCCGCAGUCGCGUCCACAAUGCCGGAUGUGCUUCCGCCGACUCGCGCGUACAAAAUCAUCGUGAACACGUCGGACCUCCCUGAGGCGGGCACUUCAGCGGGUGUGUUCGUCGUGAUGCACGGUUCUCUCAUGGACUCGUUAGUGUGUCAGUUGACCGCGGCUCCGGGGAGGAACUCUGACGUCUUCAAGCGAGGGUGCAGAGACGAGUUCGAGGUCCAGAUACCUGGAAUCGGAGAGUUGGUCGCGUUGACCGUCGGACACGACUGCGGCGGCACCAGUCCGGAUUGGCACAUCGGCGCGAUAGAGGUGAUCGACGUCGAGACGUCGAAGCACGUCUUCUUCCACGUCAAUAGAUGGAUAUCGAAGGGCGGACAGCGCGUUUCGGACGGAAUGUCAUCAACGCGCGUGGAAGCUUCACUUCUCGCGCAUGACCCGUCCGCCCCACUGAGCAAGUUCACGAUAACCGUGACGACGGCCGACGUCAGAGGUGCUGGAACGGACACCCCGGUGUACAUCGAAAUCCACGGAACUCGAGGCGGGAAGCCAGAGUCAUCCGGUCCAUUGCUGCUGAACAACGAGGAGAGCUUCAGCCUUUUCGAUCGCGCGGCUGUGGACGAGUUCGACGUCGACGCGCCAGACUUCGAAGUCAUCACGCACAUUAGUCUGGGGCACUCUAGCGCGGUUACAGGGCACGGGUGGCGCCCUUCUCGCGUGGAAAUUCGUGGCCCUAAACUUUCGCACGCGGUGACGUUCAACAUCGACAAGCACAUUCCAGUCGAAGGCAAGGGUUUGGUUCUGGUGGAUUUAAAACCCGUGAUUCGUCAACCGAAGUCUGCGGCUCCGAUCACGGCCGUGGCCUCGGGAAACCCCGCGAAUGCGAAGUACAGAGUGACGGUGAAGACCGCAGACUGCCGAGGCGCGGGGACCAAAGCGGACGUUUUCAUCACGUUCUUCGGACCGGAAAGAGAUGAAAAAUCUGGAGAAGACAGGGUGAUCACCGGCCCUCACGCGCUCGUAGCCACGCGAGAUGCAGAAGAUGACGCCGUAACCGAGGCGAACAAGCAAUUAUUCCAGCGCGAUGCGUCCGAUGUAUUCAUUAUCGACGUGCCGUUCGCGGGCGGUGAGGUUGAGUUGAUCGAACUUUCACACAACAGUAAAGGCGGGCCGUCGGGAUGGUGCGUCGAUUUCGUCCACGUCGAGUGCAUGACAACGGGAUCGCAGUCGCACUUUGACAUGGAUGGAGAGUGGAUUUUCCCGAGUCAACGGGGCGCAGGAGUGAUGGUUAAGACGAAGGUGCCGAGAAGCUCGGAGCGAAGCCUGGAACCCUCCAAACCGUACUGCAUAUGCGUGCACACCGCGGAUAUGCGCAACGCUGGGACGGACGCGAACGUGCACAUCAUCUUCCACGGCAAAGAAGGGAAUAGUAAACGCAUACCGUUAGACAACUCUGCGGUUGUCAUCUCCAAAUAUGUCAAACGUAACAAGCCGGAAGAUUCCUGGUACGACCUAUUCGAGAGGAAUUGGGAAGAUGUCUUCGUGAUCGACGUCCCGAGCUCGAUCGGCGCGAUCGAGGCAAUCACGAUCGGGCACGACGCGGGCGAGCACAGUAAGAAUCGGAGGAAGAACACGUGGUUAUGCAACUUCGUGCGGGCGAUGGAACUCUCAAUCGAGGACGCGAAUGCGAUGAGAGAAGCUUUCGAACGCGGGGAAAAGCCCAGCGAACCGACGAACAUGGUCAGUCCGACGCUUUAUUUCAAGUGUGGAAUGUGGAUCGGGUGGGCGAGCAGUGACAAACUGCUUGAACGACGGCUGCCGGGAAGUGAAAUAGAUCCCAGAGUUCCGCGCGAUGCUGACGAAGAGAGCGACGGAUACUCCGACGCGGAGGGGUCGGGCGUUAAGUCUGCUUCCGAUUCUGGUACGCCAGAUGGCUCUCAUUCCGGUACGCCUCGUGGUUCUAAUACCGGCACGCCCCCUCCCUCCUCGGCGCGUGUCUUUCACCACGAGGCGAAACCGGCGGUGUUCUCUUUUAGCGGCGCCGGUCAUGACUCGACCGAGGAUCAAAAUCUACGUGCGCAUUUGAGUCCUCGAGAUCUCAAGGAAGGCAGUCGCUCCGGGGAUGAUUCACAAGAUGCGCUUGCAAAACAGAGCAAAGCCGACAUCGAAAGGAACGCGGACCAAGAGUAAGUGGUGGCUUCGGAGGUGGUCGGAGUAGACUAUCGAACUAGCUAACUUGUCGGCGUUAAACGAUCAGAGCGUGACAUGCACUUUUUGGCCGUCACUGCAUCGCGUCGACGUCAUACGAACUUCCACCGUCGCGUCAUCAUUCCCGGCAGAUGCAACUUGCAGCAUGUGUUGCGUGGAAACGAAGUCAGCAAAAAGCCGGUCCUCUCCAUCCGACUCGCUCGACGGGAUGACACCCCACUUCCCCUUGCCCCAUGGCGUCUCGAGCACGCCGUUCUUCAAAAACGUGAGACCUUUCGCACCACCCCACGAGCCGGAUUCAACUUUCGCGGCCCGAUCCGUCACACGCCGCGCGAAUGUAGACUUUCCGAACAAGUUCGCCUCCUCCUCUGGCUUCGGACGAGCGACGCAUGGCUUCGCGAAACUCGUUCCCUCGCCCCAGUUCCACAUCGAAAUAGCGUCGCGCUCACCUUUGAUGUACUGGUCGAUGAGCGUGACCAUACGCUGUGGCUUCUCGGGAUGAUAGUUGACGUGCACGCUGACUGGUCGCACGGAACGACCGGCGGCGCCGUCGUAUAGCUGCUUGUCGUACCGCAUGUACCUGAACAAAUAUUUCGUGUUUUCGAAACACACGUAGUUCAUCACUCGCUGAGACACCCCCGCGGGAGCCGGCC